AUGCGCAACUGUAUUUUCUUCCACUUACGACACGGACUAAAAAUGUUAAGAGGCCCACAACUCCGCCACAUGCGCACACACACUGGCGAGAGGCCGUUUUCCUGCAAGUGGUGUGAUCGCCGCUUCAGUCAGAAGAGCAACCUCAUGAGUCAUUUGCGAACGCAUGGCAUUGAGAGUGGCAACAGUGUAUUGGGCGGGUCCCAUCGCUGUCAGCUGUGCAGUAAGACAUUUUCUAAAGCGCAGGCCCUCAGUUGUCACAUGAGUUCUGUGCACGGCAGUAGUGCCGGUGGGAGAGCUGGCGGUAGUAACAGUGCCAAACGGGGUCGACAUGAAUGUAGCAUUUGCAGUAAGACAUUUGUGAGUGGGGUCAUGCUCACCAUUCACGUGCGCAUGCACACAGGUGAACGACCCUAUGGAUGCAGUUUCUGUGAGAAACGGUUUGCCACAUCAUCUGACCUCAACCGCCACACCCGCAUCCAUACUGGAGAGAAACCCUUCCAGUGCCGUUUCUGCGGUAAAAGGUUUACCCAGAACUCUAAUCUGAAGGUCCACCUGCGCACCCAUAGUCGUGACUCACAGCACCAGUGCCACCUGUGUAGUGCUAGCUUCACAACUCGGACAGCUCUAACGCAGCAUAGCAGAACCCAUAACCAAAGUAACAAUGGCAGGGACCACAUAAUUAAUAAUGCUGCUCGAGGUACCAGAUCAGCUAGUACUGAAGAACAAGUGCAUAUUUCCUUACCCAAAGAUGGUUCUAAUCUGAAACCAGUAAAAAACUCUUCCGCUGAGGACUUCUAUCCAGCUGACGAUAUAACGUAUACUCAGCCAGACUGGGAAACUAAACGACUGAUAUCUUCCUUGAUGUCCGGCAUGAUCCUCCCCACUGAACUUUCUGCUGUUUUGCCCAAAGAUGACUUGACUGCAGCUCUUACUGCAGUGUCUUCUGCCGGAGACACAAGGGACAGUUUCACUAUCAAGGGCCAAAACCCGCUGAUGUGCAGCCUCUGUUCAAAACAGUUCUUGGAAGUCUCUAGUCUUGUGCAACACUUAAAAAUUGAGCAUGGGCUGAACGACAGCAGUGCCCCAGAUGCACCACUUCCGCUGGUGGUUAACAAAAAUGCAACAGAUUCUACUGCUAAAUCAAUGCCAGGCAAAUCUGAACCGCUCAGUGAAGAGGAAAAUGAAAAUUUCACUGUUAAGACAGUCCUGCUCGAUUUCAGUGAGAAAGCAAUAACUGAAAAUCCCCAAAGAGGCACAACAACCACUGCUGCUGCUACCAUACCAAAAAAUACUUAUUUUGGGUGUAAAGAAGGCCCAGCUAACAUAUCCCCAUGUGAAAACAACAGAGCAUCAUCUCGGGAAGACAAUAUGCACACAUUGCUUUUUGAUGUUAGUCCAAAACCAAGCUCCGCAACAGGAUCAGUCGAAAUGUCAGAUGUGAAACCAGAUAUUUCUACCCUGAAGAAUAUGUUGUCACAGGGUUUACGUCCAAAGAACGAGACAGACGAAGCAGAAGAGAGCAACGAGGCCCAGACGACAAACAGCACCAUAAACAGCAGUGCGACCCUGACACCCUUUAAGAUAACAGGAAAUUCCCUUAUGGACAAAAAUGCUGAAGCUUCUUGCAUACAUGAGAUUCCCACCUGUUUGGUAACCAGUGAGGGCAUGUUGGAAGACUGGGAACAAAAAGAAAACCCAAACAGUACUGUGAAUGUUUCUUCCCACAGACCUUUACCUCUAUAUAUUAGCAACAAUAAUGAUGCUAGUGUUGGAAAAGAAACCAUCACCAGCUGUUCUGCACUUCUGUCGUCACCAUUUGAAGCUGCCCAAAGUGGCCAGAAUAUUCCUCCUGAUAGCAACCCGUUGUCUGCAAAUGGGAUAUCUUGUGCCCAAAUAAGUGAUGUUCAUGGUCUGGCCAGUUUUGGAGAUAGCUUUGGGGUCAGCAAUGAGCAAUCUUAUCUAUGUGAUGAGUUUGUUGAUAUUAGUACUCUGAAUAGCACUUACUCUAAUGAGAAGGCUAGCAGAGAGCCAGAAAUUACCUGUAUUGAACUGUCUUCCUCAUCUUCAUCAUCAUCAUCAUCAUCUCCUCCACCACUACCAUCUCAGAAUCAUAUCAUAAACGUUGGAAUUGAAACCACAUCAUCUCGACUCCAGACACACUCAGCCUCAUCUAAUACUAACCCUUCUCAGUCUAAACCAUCUGGAGAUGCAAAUCCGACCCAAAUAGACAUGCUUUCCAUACCCUCCACGUCUCAGCCCGUUUCCUUGACAACAGAGAUUCAGCAGCCAAGUGGUCCUUGUAAGAUUGAAAAUGUCGAUUCAGUCAGUCCAAGUCAGGCUGCUGAAGAAGUUGCUGUCAAAGAAGAUAGCGAAAUUACUGUCUUGGCUGGCCAAGACAGACAGCAAUAUGUCUGUGUGCACUGUGGUAAGGCAUUCCAUCAGGCAAACCACUUGACUUACCACAUCAGGACACACACGGGCGAACGACCCUACAAAUGCGAGCACUGUGGGAAGGCCUUUGCCAAGCCGUCCGACCUGAACCGUCACACCCGCAUACACACGGGCGAGAAGCCAUUUCAGUGCGACUUCUGCGCCAAGUGCUUCACACAGAGCUCCAACCUUGUGUCACAUCUACGCACGCAUGCAACGUCGCAGAAACCGUUUCGGUGCAGUCAUUGCAACAAGUCAUUUGCAGACUUUGCUCAGUUAAGCAAACAUCUCGCCUGUCACACGGUGAAGAACUACAAGUGCAAGCAGUGUCCCCGUGCGUUUCCCAGCAUGCAUCUACUGUCCAAACAUGCAGCCCAUGCACAUCCACAUACCCAAGUUGCAGCCCUGGGAGGUAGGGUAAGUGUUGGUCGGACAGGGCCUAAAUCCAGACGGCCCCAUUCAUGCACUGCUUGCGGAAAACAGUUCCUAACGUCUUCUGAUCUGAAGCGUCACAUUAGGAUUCACACAGGGGAGAAGCCAUUUGCCUGUGAUUACUGUGAUAAAAGGUUCAACCAGAGUUCGAAUCUUAUUUCCCAUGUUAAGACUCAUUCUGGUGUUAAACCCUACAAAUGUGACUUCUGCACUCGAGAAUUUUUCUCCACAGCUAUGCUCAACCGCCAUCGUCGGGUGCACACUGGGGAAAAACCUUAUCGGUGCAACAUGUGUCACAUGUGCUUCUCCCGUGCCAACUUCCUUAAAUACCACAUGGCUACUCACACUGAGGCUCAGGCCAAUAUACACAACGUCCAGCCAUUAACUAGUAACCAGAGCAAUGUUGAAACCGCCCAGGAAAAAAUGUCGUUGACUGUAGAAAAAGUACAUACUGUUGAAGUUCAUGAUAAUGAUAGCCAGGCUUUAUGCACCAUUCUAGAUGAUAACUCUACUCAGUGUUCAAAUAAAGAUAUCUUUAAUGAUAAAUCUUCUGGAGGAGAGGAACAACAACAUAACUAUGAAGACAUCUCUGAUGACAAAGGUCAAGGGGCAAUACACAUGGACCUUGGUACUUACGUGAGUAACGAUGGUAAUAUGUACUUAAAAUGUGUCUCUGGAAGAUCAACCUUCGGUGAGAACUUAAUAACGCCACCCACAAUGGCAGAAGCCACUGCACAUUUUGCUGAAAUGUUGGAGCCGCCCAAGGAAUCUACAGCAACAUCUUCGAAUGUAUUUCAGUGUCCAUUCUGUUCCCAAUCCUUCCAGCAAUCUGGCCAUGUUGUAAAACAUAUAAUGAGCCACAAGGAGCAAAAGCACCACAGCUGUAAGAUUUGCCAGCACGCCUUCUUUUCCCGAUCCAGCCUCAUAUUGCAUUACAGAAAUCACCAGAUGCAGAAGCCAUUUCGUUGUGGGUAUUGUACUCACCAAUUUGCACAGAAUGCUCAGCUGCUGCUUCAUGUGAAACGACACCUCCGGCAAAUGCUGGAUACAACAUAUGAGUGCAAUAAAUGUGAUUGGCAUGGAACUAGUCUUGCCCAGGCUGUAUGUCAUAAGCGUUCCAAUCCAGGGCUUCCGUCUCACACGUUCAGCUUUCACUAUGGGCCACACAAGAAACUGAGUUAUCAAAAAAGUAUCCGUUGCAGAAUUCGACGCAACAAAGGCCGUAGCUUCUAUAAAACAUGGGGUAGCAUUUAUCGUCCAUUGUCUAAACAUCGGCCCACAGAACGGUCAAAGUCUUGCCGGAAACUGUUCCAGUGUGGGGUGUGUAAGCAGAAAUUUGUACAACUGUCCAGUUUGGGCCAACAUGUAGGUGUCCAUUUAGGCAGUCAGUCUAGGAGUAUAGGUGCAGAUGCAAAAAAAGCAUUGACUUUGGAUAAAUGUGUAGUUGAUUCUUGGCAGGAAACAGAUUCCAAAGAAAAAAACAAUAAUAGUAAUAAUAUGAGGGAAGAUGUGAGUGAUAAAAAUAAUGAUUCUGCAUCUGAAAUUGUGCAACAAAAUAAGAUUUUAGUCCAACCGCUAAAGGCCAAAGAGACAAGUGUAUUGGUAGCUGUUAAGGCUGCUGAAUAUAAAUCAGCCAUAGGCAGUGGAAGUGACAUUGAAUCAUCUCGUCUUUGGUUAUCUACGAAAAAUGCUUAUUUUGAUACAGCAAAAGAGGUUACAUCAAGGCCAUUUGAGAAUUUAGUCAAUGAGGGCAAAGUGCAGAUAGAUGUCAAGGAAGAAGAGAAAGGCAGGAAAUCGAACCAAGAUGGAAACAAAGAAACAGUAACCAAGGUAAAAGCUACAAUUGACAGCCAGCACAAUGCUCAACAUGUUGAGAUCAUUCUUGAUGACGAUGAUGAUGAUGAUGAUGAUGAUGAUGACAACAACAACAAUGACAAUGACACCGAAACUGAUUCAACUGAGAGAACUGCAAAUUCCUUAGGGUCAACUGUUAUUGUUUCUAAAAGGAAAGUGAAAAUCGAAAAAAAAAUAACUGUGGCUAAAGUAACUGCCCACCAGUCAAGUGGUACAGAACCCAAAAAACAACACAAGUGUGAGAUUUGCGGGCGAACAUUUUUACAGGCUUGUCAUCUGACUUAUCAUAUAAGGACGCACACUGGCGAGAGACCAUACGGGUGCAGGCAUUGCGGGAAGGCAUUUUUCACCUCGUCCGACCUCAAGCGCCACACUCGGGUGCACACGGGGGAAAAACCUUUUAAAUGCAACCACUGCCGCAAACGUUUCACCCAACGUUCCAACUUGCUUAUCCACAUGAGGUCCCAUACUGGCGACCGGCCCUACCGAUGCUUCACCUGUGGGAAACGCUUCUCCACAUCUUCUAUGCUAGCACGUCAUCAGCAAACACACACCAAUCCCAGCACAGAGAUCCCAACACCUUUCUCUUGUUCUGAAUGCAGCUGCAAGUUUGAUACUUAUCAUGACUUGAAUUGUCACCAGCAGAUCUCGCAUUCCGUCUUCUCAAAACAGCCUGAAGAGACAGCCCGAGGGAGUAGUGAGAGUAACGACCAUAAAAUGCAUCGGAAAUCCGUGGCUGCAGAUAAACGUGUGCCUGCUUGGUUGACUGUUAAAUCCUCUGCACCUUUUACCCAUGCAUCAUCAACUAUAUCCUCUUAUCUCUCUGCAAGUCAUGUAUGCGCUGUCUGUACACAAUCAUUUCCUAGCAACAGCCUGCUUGUACAGCAUGUAUGCAGCCAACAUUCUGAUGCAGAAGAAGAUAUUAAAUGGACCCAGUUAGGGGAACAGGCUUACCCUGCCAGCAAUAAUCCAGAGGAUCAAGUAGAUGUUCCCACAACAACCAGUAGACAGAUAUUAAAAUGUGAAGACAGUGUUUUUCUUAUUCAGAAUAGUAGUGACAGGGUGGAUAUGUCCCUGGACGCAGCCAAAAAGAUUCCACACAGCUCUGUCAUGCCACUAGUUUGUCCAGUAUCUCUUGAUCUGCCUAAGGUCCCACAGCUUAGUUCUAAACAGAAGAAGGAUGGAAGUUCCAAAAAUGACAAGCUGCUUGUUGCCAGUGGUAAAAACAAAAAGCAAGCAACUGGUGCCGAGGAAGAGAACACAGACAUUGUGCUGGUAGGAGACUUUCCAUCUGGGAAGAAAGCACCAUCAAAGGUGUUUGCGUCUUUUGUUCGUCGAAAAAAACCCAACGAGAAGUGUGUCAACCAAUGUGAGAUCUGUCUGCGUACCUUCACUCAAUCAUCUCAUCUACGCUACCACCUGCGUACCCAUACUGGCGAGCGCCCUUACCACUGUGAUUACUGCGAUAAAGCAUUCUUCACAUCUUCUGGUUCUUCAUUGACAACUGAAAAGUCAGAGGCAACAGCUGUAAGCAUAGAUGCUUCCACCAGUGGUGACCAAUCCGAGCCUGCUGACCUCUCAUCUCCGAGAGGAGCUGCUUCAUCAUCGAGUUCUUUCGUGUCUGGAGGGGGGAAGAAGUGCAAAGCUGCACAGGAGUUUGUGUGCGGCAUUUGUAGCCGCACAUUUCCUCAACAAAGCCAACUGAAUUCACAUAUGCGCUACCACACUGGUCUACGGCGUUAUUCCUGUCCAACAUGCAGCAAGGCCUUCCUCAAGAUGUCUGAUCUGCGUCGGCAUCUGCGUGUCCACUCGGGAGAGAAGCCAUUCCCAUGCAAGUGGUGUCCACGCAGGUUUUCGCAGUCAUCCAACCUGACCGCCCACCUACGCACGCACUCAGGAGAGAAGCCGUUUCAUUGCAAGCACUGCGACAAACGCUUUUCUCAAAAAUAUGCUUUCAUCUGCUCUCUCUCUCUCUGCUACCAGAUUUGCAUUGCCCUCUUUCUCACUUCUACCAGUUUUGCAUCCCCUUUCCCUCUCCUCCUCCUACCAGAUUUCCAUCCCUCUCUUUGCUACUUGAUUUGCAUCCUUCACCUCCCCUCUCUCUCUUUCUAUGCUACCAGAUUUGCAUCCCUCCUGUAA